AUGUCAAAUGCAGACCAGAAAGUCCCAGCUAUUUGUGAAAAAUGUCUUGGUUCAAAUCCAUACUUAAAGAUGAUAAGGGAACCACAGGGAGAUCAGUGUAGAAUUUGCACUAGUACAUACAAUUUGUUUAAGUGGAAUGCUAAUAAGGGUAGUAAAUUAUCGAGGACCUUAGUAUGUUUGGAGUGUGCUAGACAGCGAAAUUGUUGUCAAUCAUGCAUGUUUGAUUUGACUUAUCAUAUACCCAUGCUGUUGAGAGAUGCGGCUUUCAAAAUAGCAGGCAUGGGAAACUUUCACGAAGUCCUUGAUUCUCCAAAUGCAGUCACAAAGAGAUUCAAUGCUCAGAAACAACAGCAAAAGUAUUUGGAAGGGGGGCAGCCGGACCAGCAAUUAUUGACUGAUGGGGAACCAGAGGUUUCAGAAGCCCAAGCUAGAAAGACCCUCGACGAGAUUCUCCAGAAAUUAGUACAGAGUCGUCAGGCAUCGGACAACAGUAAAUUCAACCCAAAGAAAGAAAAUUCGCAUGGUGCCGAAUCAAGUAACAAUAACUUAAAGAAUACUGAUAUUGCCAAAAUUUUAACGAAACUUCCUUUCAACGGGAAUUUGACCCUUCCAAAGAAUACUUCCAUCACGUCUUUUUUCAUAUUUGGAAUUAAUAAUGAAAUAUCAAAUGGAAUGGUCGCUGAAUACAUUGAACAGAAAUUAGCGGAAGUUUCAGAAAAUAAAGAGAUUAAGUUGAAGUCAAUAAUCUUGAAUCAUAGAGCGAAAUGUGGGUUUAUCUGUUUUGAAAAGAGAAAGGUAGCAGAGAAAUUGUCAAAUUUAGUCGAUAAACCAAGGGGCACAAAGGGACCUGGUAUCAUGUUUAUUAAGAAUAUUCCGAUCAGAAUAACUUGGUGCAAAGUGAAGAGUUUGGGAUGCAGUAGUCUGGAAGAGAUAAAACUUGGAUAUGUGGUCAGAAGACAGAUGAAAUUGUUGGCAGAGAAAGAUCAUAAGGCCAUAGGUAAAAAAGCAAAUAAUGGAGACUCAAGCUCUAAUAUGGAAACAUUUGAACCCCCAGGACCACCAGGGUCUAAAUCCAAUUAUAGCUCCCAAAAUGGUAAUUUUGAAUCAUAG